CCAGCAGCGCUGGGCAGCGCCAGAGCAGAGAGAUGAGAGCACCCUACUCGCUGUCCUGCCUCUUCCUCCUGAGCCUGGGGACCUGCUUCCCUCCCAGCGAGCGGCGGGAGCCGGGACGCCCCGGGGAGGGGACCCUGCUCGGUCCCAGGUGGCAACCAGCGGCGGAGGACCCGGGCGCCGGCUGGAGGGCAGGGGACAAGCGGAGGCGAAGCGAGGAGCUGGACGCGCUGCUGGGCAUCGCCCGGGAGCUGCGGGGCUACGGCUCGGCGGGGGCCGGGCAGCGGCCGGGCAGGCGGGGGGGCCCCGAGGUGCUGCCCGCCGCGGGGGAGAAGCGCAGCGGCACCCUGGGCAACCUGGCGGAGGAGCUCAACGGCUACAACAGGAAAAAAGGGGGCUUCACCUUCCGCUUCGGGAGAUGAGGGCUUGGACUUGAUACCCCCCACCCUCCUGCGGGUCACCCCGUCCCGUCCUUCCCUUCCAUCUCACCUGGGUUUGCUCGGACAAAAGGGUAUUGGGGUUUUUUUUGCUGCUGGGAUUGCCUUGGGGAUGGGGGACACCGCGUUUGCUCAGCUCACAGCCCUGCUCUAGCUCUCAUGUCCCUGUUCCCAACCAGUGCAACAGAAGAAGAGGAGGGUGCCUUAAAAAGAAGCCCCCGCAUCCCUUUCCUGGUCACAGACAGUUUUGCAGGGGCACAAGGAAAGGGCUGAGCACUGGAUCUCCAGUGCUGCAGUGCUGGUAGAGAGCAGGGAUGGCACACGGGGACAGGCAGAGCAGGGGUUGCACACCGGGACAGGCAGUGCCAGUAGGGCCAGGCAGCAAGGCUGGAGGGUUACAGUGGGAUAAUCUUGGUGGUGACAGUCCCUAGGGACUGCCUGUAGCUGCCAUCCAGGGCUGGCUGUUAGGGAGGAGAGGGUCCUUCAGAGCUCUCCGCCGAGUUGCUGCUCUCCUGCCUAUUAAGGAAAAGUCCCUCCGGCAGCAAAUUCUGCUUAGUGUCAAGAUGCCGCUUACAUGAGGCAGCUCCUGCGUGCAAAAACCAGGGCAGAGCAGCGGGGUUUGAGAAAAUCUUGUCCUUAGCAAUCCCUGGCAUGAGCACGGAAAACUGCCCUGGCAUCACCAGUCCUGCCACAGCCCCAACACCCCUUUCGCUCCCUGGCCCCCAGAGUCAGUCCUCACCAGGGUGAGGUGGCGAUGACCAACCUUUGGUAUCCUUGUCACACCACCCCAGCACCUGCCUGGAAGCCUGGCCCUUCCCAAUUCCUUCCUGGCCUCAUCCCCACCUAUUCCCAGCUGUAGAAUUUGGGUGCAGAAGGGCUGAAACAAGGACUUCUGCACCUACCCAGGGCCACUGAGGACUUCUCAGUGUCUCCCCGCUCUCCAGUCCCCAGUGGUGCAGCUUUGGGAAUCACCAGCCCCGAAAGCCAGCACAGCCAUGGCAGUGCAAGACAAACCCCACUGCCCCGACACUGCCCUCCCCUCCUUUGGGCAGAUUGAGCUCUGCCAACGUGGGUAUUUGCUCUGUGCCUGCCAGAGGUACCAGCAAUCAGAGCUCUAACUACCUGCUGCAGGCACUAACAGCAACUUACACACUGAGCGACUGCUGAUAUUUCAUUGCAGGCACAAAAAUGAGCCGGGAGAUGAUUUGCAAGCGCUAAAUUGCACCCUCAAAAAUCAGAGACCGUGGCAGGACUUGGUUGGGGGAGUAAAAAGAUUAAAAAAACCCCUAAAUCAGGCUGCAAGAGGUGCAUUGUAAUAUCCAUCAAGCAGACAGACCACUUAAUGCAGUGCUGCGUGAGUUGCUCUGGCAGCAGGAGCAGUAACUAAAGGCUGGAUGGAGGAGCUGGAACCCCUGGGAAAACAUCAGCCAUGGGGUUCAAGGAGGAGUGAUGGAGACAGUGGACCAGGCUCAUCUAGGAAGGGUGCAGAACGGGAGAGACUCCAGGUUUGCAGGGGCACAGAGGAUGCCAGAAUUUGGUCCUCACAUGGGGACACCACCAGCUGCGAAGGCGAGGAAGGGUAUUUCCUUUCCCUGCAUCCCUGCUGCCAGGACCACCUCACACCGUGGGGACCACAGCAGAGACCAACAGCACUCAGGAUGGCUGAGCCCACACAGUCCCCCACCCCAGGCACCCCCAAACCCACCUCCAUCCCUCUCGAUUCCGCCCCACCACAGGCCCUGGUUUGGAUCGGGACGCAGGCGCCGCGCUCGCAUCCCUCAGUGGAGACAGGAGCUUUAUUGAUGUUUCUAUGGCAACUACUAUUUUUUUUCCCCCCUUUCUUUUGAGUGUUCAAACCAUCAAUA